CAUGUCUAUAGAUCUUUCCAAAUCUCGCACGGAAUCUGCUCCCGCGCAACGUGCGGGCCAUGUGCCCGUCCGGCCAGUCCGCCGCCGCUCGCCGCGCCGCCAUGCCGCGUGCUACGCUCAUGCUGCUACUGUGCGCUCUUGCGCGCGCCACCAUCAUCGCCGAUCAGCCCACCCUCUCUGAUCGCCUCCAAAAACUUUACGAGAAACUCGACAAUUUCUCGCUGAAAUCAACCGAACCGUCUCUUGACCGUAUAGGGAAGCUGUACGAGAAUCCAGUAAAAACCUCCCCAAGCACUCAACGGAUCGAUAAGUUGUACGAAAAGCUGGACCGCCUGAAUUCUUUGACGCCGGACGAAAGUAAUCAGAAGUAUCUCUCGGAUGACGAUGAGGAGCUGUUGGAUGCUCUGCAGGAGUGGGGGAUGCUGGACGACGACAUCGGCGCAGAGGCGAGAUACCUGCAACGUCUUAAGUCUGAAGACGGAGACUAUGACGAUGAGGAUAUAGACAUGGAAGAUGACUACGCCAUGGACGACGGUGAAGACCUGGAACCAGAUGACCGGGAGGGCACCACCGCAAAGACCGUGAGGUUCCCAACCCCGUCGGCUCUGAACCGCCUGGAAAGGCUUGGGACUGCCUUUUCAGCCUUGUCUGUAGUGGGCGACACCAGGUCUUUGGCCAGAGAAGGUCCUCAGAUUGUCGAGUUGGAAAAUGUGGUGUCGGCGGUGGACAGCUUAGCCGCUACCAAGGAGAGACCCAGGAUUUUAGACGAUACAUCGCUGACGAAACAAGAGCAAGCGGGUGUAGCGCGAGCAGCACGCGCGUAUUUGUCGGCAAUGGUGCCUCGCGGCAAGUGCAUCACGCCGCAGCCUCGGUGGUUGUCCGUGCGGCACAUGGCCCCCGCAUCUGACACCCUAUACCGGCCAACUUGCGUGCUGCUCCACCGCUGCGCCGCCGACACGGGCUGCUGCCACAACGAGGAGCAGGUCUGCGCGCCCGUGGAGGGCCAGUACGUCAUUAUCCCCCUAUACUUAAGAAAACCAAGUGGGCUCAUGGUAGCGCGCAUGCAGUUCUUCAACCACACCCGCUGCGCCUGCGUCUCUCAAGAGACAUUGCAGACUGUCCCACGAGCAUCUCGCCGGCACUUCCAAGAGAACCAUAAUCUUAAUCAGGAGAGUACCAUCCAGGACAGACAAGACAAGCCCCAUGUUGGACCGCUAGAAGCGAGAGAAAGACGGGAGGAGAUGGAGAGCACGAGUGCGAGCGCGAGCCAGAGCGAUUGGCCCACGCAAGAGCCUAAGCAAGAAAGCGAGACAGCUGCGCCACCACAGCUAAAAAGAUGCACCUGCCCGACGUUAUUCCUGGCGCGCGCGUCCGACGCCGGCUGCGUUUGCGGGUGUGACUGGAAGGACCUACAGCGCCGGCGCGACUGCAUUUCACUCUCCCGCGGACGCGAGCACUUUGGUUUGCGAGACCGGGUCUGCGUGGGCACUGGCGAUUGCAACCCGCCCACUUGCGAAUACGGCGCGUAUGAGAGGAACUUUGGAAGGUGCCCCCUUAAGAGGUUUAGGAGGGGCAGGUUUAAGCCUGGGAAGUACUUGGACAGAACGUUGACGGGAAGUUAGGUUAUUCAUAUUAUUAUUGAGUUUUUUCAAGUGUCCGUCUAAUACCAGUAAAUAGGUAAGGAUUAAAAUGUUGUAUUAAAACCAAACAAUUUCAAAGCUAGAACCAGAAGUAGUUAUUGGUAAUAGUAAUAGUUAAUGUAUAUUUAUGUUCUUUCGUUGACUUUCCUAUACCUUAGUACCAGUAAUUGUAUGUGAUUAGAUCAAACAAUUUUGAGCCUGUACCUAAAUUGACGCCAGGAGAUACAGCCGUUUAAAUAUGAUUCAUAAAUCAUAAAUUAUGAAAGCAUCCCCCAAAUCUGUAGUCGGCGACUAGUCGGCAAAAAUGGCCGAUUAGUCGGCACUUUAUUAGUGAAAGAAAAACAGAAAAAAAAGAAACCAACAGUCAAUAUUUACCAUAUAUUAUGUUUUAUGUUUAUUUUACUAAAAUACCUAUUCAGGGUGCAUACGUAAACUUUUUUUCAUAUAAUUGACCGUUUGAUCGUUAUCAUAUGUUGGUGGGAUGGUGUUUUCCUCUACAGGGGGCCGAUUUUUUAAUUUCGACCGCUAGAUUUCGUGUAUUUCGUUCAAUAAUAUCUCCACUACUAGGCAUUCAAAUUCUACGAAUAGAAUUGAAAACGAGUGGUCAAUACCACUCGAUUCCAAAUUUCUAUCGCUCGUAUUUCAAAAAUUAGCAUUUCGCGUUUUUCCACCGAUUUUCGAGUGACGAAGUCAAGCAAUCGAAAUUCAAAAAUCUCUUCCCAGGUCUAUCUCAACUGAUUCUCGUGUAAUUUCAUGUGCAAGUUCGAUAGUUAAUUUUUUUAUUAUUAUUCAGUUUUUGUUUUUUUUUUUAAUGGUGAAACCAUGCGGAACUAAUAAUGUUAUUGCAAAAUUUAGAGACUUAGUUAGGGCACGUUGCUCGUAAAGGCGCUGACCACAGGGGAUAGGUUCUUAACUGGCGACUACGUACGGGAAAUAGAGCCUUGGAAAUACCUCCUACAAGCUGUACUGACGAUGACGGUCUGCUCAGGAUCGCAAAAUAAAAGAACUAAAAACAGAAAUUGAACGAGGAUUCUUGUGAUAGGUCUUUGAACCUGUAGAGAACACCUUUUAGCCAAGCUAAAUUAUGAUGAAUAGCGCAACCAAAGGAGCAAAACUAUUGUUUUGCACCUGAACUUAUACGAAACUAAUGAUCUGGCCGACUAGCCGACUAGUCGGCCGACUAAUCGGCCAUUCGAGCGCCGAUUAGUCGGCUAGUCGGCCAAAUCAAUAGUCGGUACAUCACUACUACCACCAUAAUUUAUGACGUCACAAAUGGCGUGUGAGGCGUUUUCGCGCGAGGUUUAAACUAGCUAUAAUAAAAUGCAAUUAUUUAUGUUAAAUCUUAUGAGUAUAGCUGAAAUAUUGUGUUUUUCGGAACCAAUACAAGUGUACCGAUAAUAUUAAAAGGGAUUUCAAAAUUUGUCAUCAGGCCAAUUGUAUACAAUACUUUUUCUACUAGUCACAAAAAUAAUACUUUAAACUAACUAGUAGAAUCAUACAAACAAACCAAACUAAAAGUAUACAGCUAAGAUUCGCGAACAGCCGCGAUACCUUCAUACUGGUACGCGACCCGGCCGCCGCGCCCGCGCCCUACGGCGGGCUGGUCAACGACACCUUCUCGUAACUCAUGACUCAUGAGGCCCUGGUACUUGCUCCACGCUAAAUUAAAUUUUUAGACAGUUGUUUUCUCGAUUUUGGCCACCGUAGCCUAUGGAGACUAACAAGCAACACUAAGUGGUUUCCGUAGUCUAUGGAUGUUGCUAUAUUAAGGGUGUCACAUGCGCGUUUCUGACUUAUGAACCAAUUGUUUCUACUAUACAACCUAAAAUAAUUAAUUUUAGCUAUGGUUUUGUUUCGUCCUCUUGAUCGCGACGAGCUGUUAUUGGUCAAUUUCAUUAUAGUUGACUAAACUGUAUCGAAAUGAAUAUUAUAGUUGAGUUGGGAGCCCACACAUUAAAAAUACCCAAUUGCAGUUUGGUAUAAGAAAUCUUAAUUCAAGAAUUACAGUUGACUAGUAAAAAAAAGUUUUAAGGCUUGAGCUCAGAGGAGGCUUGAACUCAGCUCACGGUAUUCCACGUUUUUUGCUAAUUUAAGGAUAAUAAUGGUGUAAAACUGUAAACCUACCUAGCUGGGUAGAGAUGGGUAGUGAGUAAAUACUCACGGAUAAAUACCGAGUAAUUACUCAGUAUUUACUCAAUAUACCCGUAUUUACUCGUUUAUACCCAAAUUGGUGGGUAUAAACUAUUUAGAGUGCUGAAAGGGGCAUAUAAAUUUGAAAUAUAGGUGUAUUUUGUAAGCCGCUACUGGAUUAAGUACUCAAAAUUGUAAGAAUAGUACAUUGUAGGAGAGGACGGAAAACCGCUAAAAGACGGACGAGUGCGUUUGAGGGCCGACACGUUAGUGGAGGCCCUCAAAUAAUACGAGUCCAUCUUUAGCGUUUCCGGUCGAGGCAUUAAAUAGUGCUUUUCACGACUACUGCGAGGAAAUAAGAAAACAUUUGCAUAACUAUAAGUACUAGUCAGCGAUUUCUCUGUUAGCAAAUUACUAGCCACUGCCUGUGCUGUCUCUUGAGUUUCGGUAGGCGUCGGCGUAUGAAUAUCAUUUUCUUCACUAGAAGAACUAAUUUUUAUAGCGAGCGUAGAUACCAUACCAGUGUUCCAUGUAUUUUUAGUCGAACACAAUUUACACUAUCCAAUUCAGUAAGUAUUUUUAGAUCCCGCCUUUUUUACUUUUUUUAUCACUUUUAAGAGGCGUUUUUCUGUUAUUUGCUUCAAACCGACUCUAAACUUAGAAGCGUUUUUGCUAAAACAAAAACACAAAUAGCUACAAAAGUAAAAAAACGCCUUAAGCGUGAACUAAAUAAGCUGGGUAUUUUUAAAAGCGUUACUUACCUUAUUUGUAUCCCCGCAAUCGAAUGAUGUGGCUAUGAUACAACAUUAUUUCAUUUGCUACCAGGGUGCCUAGCCAAGAUGCCAAUAGUUUCGUUGUCGU